AUGUUGGGUCACUCCUUUGUUUCCAUUCGAGCAAAUUGACUCUUGACGGGUGGCCAUGAAUCUAUUGGAUUAUUAAGAGUCUCACUCCAUGCACCCAUUUGCUUCUUGCUGACCACCCAACAAAGGUUUUAUCCACUCUUCUCUUCUCUUCUUAGUUUGCUAACUUCCAUUUAUGCUCUCUUGAAUUCCUUUGAUUCAUUAUUCCCGAAUGCUUCUUUUUUAUCUGUGAUAUUGGUUCAAGAACAUGGAGACCAUAACCAAUGUUAAGGAAUAUGAAGUCCUCGCAAAGAAGAAAUUGCCUAAAAUGGUUUAUGAUUAUUAUGCAUCUGGUGCAGAAGACCAGUGGACUCUCAAAGAGAACAAAGAUGCAUUUUCUAGGAUUCUAUUCCGACCACGGAUUCUUGUGGAUGUGAGUCAUGUUGACACAAGAACAACUGUAAUGGGAUUCAAGAUUUCGAUGCCCAUCAUGGUUGCUCCCACCGCGAUGCAAAAAAUGGCUCAUCCUGAAGGAGAGUGUGCUACUGCAAGAGCGGCUUCAGCUGCAGGAACAAUAAUGACCCUGUCUUCGUGGGCUACUUCCAGUGUCGAAGAGGUUGCAUCCACAGGACCUGGAAUUCGAUUUUUCCAGCUAUAUGUGUUCAAAGACAGGAACAUUGUUGCUCAACUAGUAAAAAGAGCCGAAAGGGCAGGUUUCAAGGCAAUUGCCCUCACAGUAGAUACGCCAAUACUUGGGCGAAGGGAAGCUGAUAUCAAGAACAGGUUUGUUUUGCCCCCUCAUUUAACACUAAAGAACUUUGUGGGAUUGGAUCUUGGCAAAAUAGACAAGACAAAUGACUCCGGACUUGCUUCGUAUGUUGCCAGUCAAGUUGACCGAUCACUUAGCUGGAAGGAUGUGAAAUGGCUUCAGACAAUAACUACGCUUCCAAUUCUGGUGAAGGGUAUAUUAACAGCAGAGGAUGCAAAGCUAGCUGUGCAAUAUGGGGCAGCCGGGAUCAUUGUAUCUAACCAUGGAGCUAGGCAACUCGAUUACUCCCCUGCUACUAUCAUGGCCUUGGAAGAGGUUAUCAAAGCUGCACAAGGCAGAGUUCCUGUUUUCUUGGAUGGUGGAGUUCGGCGUGGAACAGAUGUCUUCAAAGCACUAGCUCUAGGAGCAUGUGGCGUCUUCAUUGGAAGGCCAGUAUUGUUUUCUUUGGCUGUUGAUGGGGAAGCAGGUGUCAGAAAAGUUCUGCAGAUGCUUCAUGAUGAGUUUGAGCUUACUAUGGCUCUGAGUGGUUGUCGAACCAUCGACGAGAUCACCCGCAACCACGUCGUUACUCCGUGGGAUGCUCCGCGUGUUGCUCCCAGGUUGUAGAGCCAUUGCAAAUGUUGGUGUUUUGAAGUUGUUGCAUCUCUCUUUGUUGAUAUGGAGCAAUAAGAAAGAAAAACAUGAGAAUAAAAAUGAGAGUUUGCAGUGUGUUUCUUAGCAAGCUUUAUGUUAAUAUUGAGAAAUAAGAAUGUAUCCCAACAUUGGUAAUCUGUGAUUUACUUAUUUGUAAAUAAUACUCCUAUUACAAACCUAGUUUGUGUGAGUUUGCCUUUAACUUGAAGUACAUCUUUACGAGUAAGUAUUGUUUCUAGUCUCUCCGGAAUCCCACGCAAAAAUUAAAUCAAGGGCUAUAGGGUUG